GAGAGUGAUGCCGUCAUCACAAUACCACCCUUCUCAUUAGAAGCGCGUGUAGGGUGUAUAAAGAAGUUGGAUAGUGACAUUUUAUUGCACAACGCAGAGAGUAGUACGCUUAAGAACUCCAUCGCUUUCGUAUAAGUAACCCAUCCAUGGUCCACGGACGUAGGGACUAGCUGGACAUUCGGACUUGGUUGGACAUUCGAACAUCCUGACCAGUUGGAUUCUCAGUUCGUGUGUGCGUCGUUAUUUACUUCAAGUGAUAGCUAGAAAUAAUUGUUAUAUUAAUAGUAUAAACUAAUACGGAAAGUUUGUUUCGUUAUAUCGAGCAGAGACGUGAGUUUUACAUUAAUUUUUAAAAUUUAAAUACAAAUUAUGUGACAAAUAAUGAUUUUAUAUUGUGAAAAUAAUAAUAAUUUUAAAAAGAAUAUUGUAUAGGUUAAAUUUGAAAGAUAUUUAUUACAAGUUAAAAAAAACCGUGUCGUGUGAUGAUUUAAACUAAGCAGACGACUUAAGGUAGCCAGGCGAGAUUAACGCCUGGGGAUUUCUGGAACAAUUCUUUCCUCAAGACGACGAGCCGAGAGCUCCCUUCCAACGGCAGGCUGACGCACCACAGCUCCCCCUACAACUACGCAGACUUUGCUGCCUGGUUCCCCGGACACAUCACAUCGCCAGCGUCGUCGUCGUCCUCCUCCUCGCCGGAGACCAGCGUCGCCGAGAUGUUGGACUACUGCAGCAACGUCGGCAACGACGCGGCUCAGAACGGCUACGGCAGCCACGGGCAUCACCACCACUCACACCACAGUCCGGUUGCCGGAGCCGGUGCCGGUUCCGGGUCCGGCGGACCUCCGUCUAUGGCGUCUAUCUUGAACAUGAACCACCAGAGCGGGCUGGAGUCUUCCCGGCAGCAGAGCGCGUUUGUCUUGAGUUCUCCGCCCCUGGCAGCCCUGCACAACCUGACGGAGAUGAAGUUCCCCUCGACAUCGUCCUCGUUCCUCUCCCAGGACUACUCGCCGGAUACCCUCAAGCAGAUGCAGGCUGCCAUGUCACACGCCUUGUCCACCCCCCAUGGCAUCAAUGACAUUCUGAGCAGGCCACACGCGGCCCUCGGUCUCCCCAGACUGAGCACCAGCAUGUACCUGGGCCAUCAGACCCGGUUCCCCAAGUUGGCCGAGCUGCCGGGUCGGCCACCCAUCUACUGGCCAGGUGUCUUACCCCAGCCGUGGCGUCCUCCAGCAGGCUCGUGUCAGCGGUACGGGUCACAGUCGGCAACGGUCGUGGUGGACAAGGACGGCAAGAAGAAACACACCAGGCCCACCUUCUCCGGUCAGCAGAUCUUCGCCCUCGAGAAAACAUUCGAGCAGACAAAAUAUCUGGCCGGGCCCGAACGUGCCAGAUUGGCAUACGCUCUCGGGAUGUCAGAGUCACAGGUCAAGGUCUGGUUUCAAAAUCGCCGCACAAAAUGGCGGAAGAAGCACGCGGCAGAGAUGGCGACGGCCAAGAAAAAACAAGAACAGGCAGAAGACAUGGAGGGCAACUCCGAACCGGAAGACGAAAAUGGCGACCACGUCUUGAAAGGGGACUGUAACUUCCUGGACGGUGUGGAUUUGUAGAGCCCUUCCAGUUUGGCCAAUUAGCUGAUAAUUUGUAACGGGAACUUUAAAACUUGAUUAAUGAACCUUUGUCCAGUAUGUUGGGUGGAGACUUAGUCAGGUGUGAGCCAGAAGAUGAGUGCCAUUCGCUGGACAACGGCGACACAACCCAGGAAUCGUCUGCUUCAGUUCGGGUUAUUGAACCACGUGAUUGAUUCAGGAACUAAAAACAAUUUCACAGACUCCUUCAAUAUUGUUGAUGUGUCUGGCGAUGUUUCUGUCGACGACAGGUGAUCGUUAUCUACACACACAUCGUUGACGAUGUAGCUCGGCUGCUUCAGACUUCGAAUUCCUGCUGUUUCGGACUCCGAACUCUUUCACUGUCACACCCAGAUGACACGGGAAAAAAAUCGCUCCUGGAAGAGAAAUCGAAUCUUGUGACUGAACCAAGUAUCGAUAUUUUGAAAUGCAACUCAGCGACUUGAUAAUUUCAUUCAACGUGUUCUACACACCAGCAUUUCAAAUAUUGCGAGAAAAUAAUCGAAUCUGUUUCACACGGCAAUCGCCAUUAAUGGACAGUAAACUCGACGCAUAAAUUAUGAUAAAUACUCCAAUAUCGCAAUCAUGUUUCAUUGAUACUAAAAUACAGUAUCGAUACUCUGUACUCAUGAUGAUAAAGUUGCCGGUAAUCGAUUUCUUCAUGCAGUAAUAAUUAAACUCUCAGCUCCAAUGUGUUUUAGACAAAGAUGCUGAUGAUAUUCUUUAAUAAUCAAGUGUGCAAUUAAUGAGAGACUGAGGAAAUACCUUCGUUUUUUAAUUGACAUGACAUUAAAUUCACACAUAUGUAAUCAUUUACAUUUCUGCAAGCGAGUUUUUAUUUUUUCAGCGCAAAUGUUAUUUUUAAAAUAGUGACUUGAUUGUAGAAAUAACUUUAUGGAUUAACUAUACAGUUUUAAUUGAUUAGUUAACAAUUUCAUGAUAGCUUAAUAUUUGCCAACAUUACAUAUUGUUUUUAAAUUAAUGAUUGUGAGUUGAGAAAUAUGGGCUUUGAUGGUGUGUGUUUAUAUGCACGCAUGUGUAUGUGCUUGUUCGUGUGUCUUUGUGUAUAUAUGUGUGUGUGCGUGUGUGUGUUUAUGUGUACGCGUGUGUAUGUGCUUGCUCGUGUGUGUGUGUAUUUGUGUGUGUGCGUAAAUGUGUGUAUGUUAAUGUGCAUGUGUGUGUAUGUGCUUGCUUGUGUGUGUGUAUUUGUGUGUGGGCGUAAAUGUGUGUAUGUUAAUGUGCAUGUGUGUGUAUGUGCUUGCUUGUGUGUGUGUAUUUGUGUGUGUGCGAGCGACUGCUAGCGUGUCCAAAACAUGAGCCCAUGCUGACGUCAUAUUAUUGACGUCCCUCUGUACAAAAGGCCACGGACACACACAUUUAUUUUAUUUUAAUCGGAGCCCUUUUGUCGGCGCUAGUCCUACCCCCAUGUAACUGGUCCCUGUGAACAAAGCGGCUUGAUUUCCCAAUGCGCCCGACGCAGGCGACCUUCUCCUGCAAGUCUAUUGACUUAAGCUUGCUCGCCUCUCACUAAUCAUACAACCCUCGCGAUCCUCGAUAACACCAGACAAGUCCCGUGCUCCCCCCACCCCUAAAGCGGGGCGUCGCUAGGCCACGGCUCCAUCCCUACAGCCCGUCUCUAGGAAGCUUAUCUGCUGGUAUCCCCGUGGUAUCCCCUCGGUAAACCUAUGGUAUCCCCAACCUAACAGUCGCAACUUUCAUAAUCAACAACUCCCGACGACGAGAAUUUUCCUCCCCAACUUGCGAUCAAAACACGACAAGGGCCUCGCGUUCUAUUUUUUAAUAAAGUCCCCUACUGUCAGGACUAGUUUGAACGCUGUAUCUCUGAACUUUGACCUGGGUUCGUACAAUUGCCGAAAACGUCGAGAUAUCCAGCGCUUGUCGGAUUGCAACUUUAUGGUUUCUCAUUUUAUGAUAAAGUGUUAUUUAUGCCUUAACGCGCGGGCCAUCCACACACCCAUUUGAGCCACCCCCGGGAUUUAUAGCCGAUCUAGCCGGAUCAUCAUUCGCUCUCCCAUUUCGGAGUGAACUUUAAUCCGCGCUUGGAUUAAUCAUCGUUUAUAUCUUUAAUCCAUUCUCCUUACUUCCUCUUCCCAGAUGUGUUAAAUAUUUUUUUUAUAUUUUGUAAAUAAUGAUACUUCGACGAAUGUUUUGAUUUUCAACUGUUCUAAGAUUAUAUUUCAUAUGUAGAGGCUGCAAACAUGUAGACAUUUAAACAUGUCAUGAGAAAGUGUGUAAGUUAUUCAGAAAUUUGAAUACAUCGUCAAAUAUUUCAUGA